AUGUCGGGAUUCAUGAGCACAUGCGGCCCAACCGAGGAUGCCUUGCGGCUUCUUCUCUUCCGUCGUUUCGGAGCUGUGGGCGAGGAAAAAGACUGGGCGGCAGCGGCUGCCAAAGCAGUGGCAGAUGCUGCAGAGGAGGCACCAGCCCACCGCGCCUUACGCUGCGCAGCCGCGGCAGCCUUUGGGCCAGCAAGUGCCACAAAGGAGGCAGCAAAGGCACUAGUGGCCAUGGCCGAAGAGGGCUGGGAGAAGGCAGCCGGGCGCUUGAUCCAGGCGGCUCCGGCAAUGGUGCCUUUGGGGGAGUGGCUCGCGUGGGAGGAGGUCUUUGCCGCGCAGGUCGGCAGCUUGCGAGAAUUCCUGCACCGGGAAGCGCCCGGGCUGGGAAUAUUCGCCUUCGAAGUCGAAAGCGACUUCAUCAAGAUGGAUGCGGCCUCCGGUACUGUGGAGGCUUUCAGCGCUGCAUUGGCCGCGCAAGAUUCCGCAAAGGCGGCAGAGGCCAUGCUCGCUUUGGUGCACAGCUGUGGUGGGCUGCGAUCCGGUCCUUUGCAGGUGCUGCAACCUGGGCUCUGCCAGGCGGCAGCUUCCUUGGGCGAGGCCUAUGCAACGUUGAUGGCGCAGCUGCUGCAGCAGCUUCCAAGGCCCUUUCGAGAAAACACGGAGGUGUUACGAGCGGUGCUGGAACCACUUUCAACAGAAGCCGACCUUCAUCGAUUCGCGGAGGCCGCGCCGCUCUUGGCAGACAGGGCGGCGCUUCUUGGUGCCGUGAAGGCUCCCUUUCUGCUGCGCCGUGCCGCCGAGCGCCUGACCACGGCCACGCGCACCGCGAGGGAGGCCGUGGUGCUGUUGCCAGGGCGACGCGUUCGGCUGGAUCUUGCCAGGCAACGGGGUGAGACCAAGACUCACCGGGCAUCAAUCUUCAUUCCCGUAUUCGAAGGGCACAUUGUAAAUUGUAGCUCCGUGGGGUUUGAUGCUGGCGGCUCACUGCUUCGUGGCAUCGAAUCUUAUAACCGCGGGCGGGACAACGGCGCAGGAGUCAAGCAAGGUCCCAGAUCGUACCAGGCCGGGCCCCUGAGUCGCGGAGCCAUGGCCGUAAAGACGUUCUCCGAUGACGCGGACGACCUCUCGGAUUCGCCUUCUUCCUGGCGAUACUUCGCCGCCUGCGGUGCGGUGCUCGUUGCGGCGGCCGCGCAGCGUCGAUGUCGAGGGGCUGGUCACAAGUCGGACGCGGCGCUGGCAGAAAGGCUUCCGAUUGGUUUUGCCGCCCUUCUCGCCAUAGCUACUGUAGCCCUGGCCACUGCCAACCGAGUCAUGUACAAGGUGGCCCUCGUGCCGCUUGGAAACUACGUCUUCUUCCUGGCACAGUUCACCACCUUCGGUUACGUCGUCGCGUACUGGAUGGCUUUGAUCUUCAACAGGGCCCAGGGUAAUGUCACGGACCAACAGGUGACUUUUGCGAGGCAGCGCUGGCUGACGUUUGCGCGAAUAGGCACAUUGGAAGCUGGAUCGUUCCUGCUGGGAAUGCUGGGGGCCAAGGCGCUGCCAGGGUCCAUUCUGCCUGUACUGGGCCAGCUUUACUUGGUGUUUCAGAUGACUUUCUCUUCCACGCUACUUGGGCGUACAUACAGUUGGCGGGAGCUCGCAGGAUGUGCUUUCUGCGUGCUGGGCGUCAUCCUCGCCUCUGCAGGUGGGCUCCUGACGGGCGGGCUCGGCUCUGAGAGCUUCCAGGUGCCCUGGCGCCCGUCGCUGCUCUUUGUUCUCUCCCUGGCCUUGCCCGCCCUGGGCUCCGUGCUGAAGGAGGGACUCUUCAAGGAUGCUCGGGGCAUCUGCGGCGAAGAGCUCAACGUCUUCGUCGUGAACACGCUGGGAUCCUCCUUCCAAGCAGUUGGGGUGUUCCUUCUGCUCCCAGUGCUGGCCUCACUGCAGGGCCUGGGCGCCACGCCCAGUGCCAUGGCCGAGUACCUCAAUGCGGGUGCAAACGCUUUCGGGUCACAACCCUUCUGGCCAUGCUUAUACCUUUGCCUGAACUUGGGCUUCAAUGUGACCUUGCUGAUCUUGCUCCGAACGACCUCGGCAGUCACAGUUUCGCUUUCGGUUGCGGCUGCAGUGCCCGCUACUGCGCUGGUUUUCGCUACCUGUGACAUUCCUCUCCUUGGAAAAGGCGAGCCUCUCGACAGGUGGUUUACAGCGGGCCUUGCCCUGAUUCUGCUCGGGCUUGGGCUGUACCACGGAUGGCUUCAGAAGCUUUAUCCAGCCAGCGGUGCAGCGGGCCUUCGCAGCUCUUUACUGCCGGGCAAGUGA